AUGCCAAAGGAGGAAGAAGCGGUCAUAGAAAUGGAGAUCCCAAAGGAAGGUUGGGCAGCGGUUGUCAAAAAUGAAGGGGCAGACUUCUUCGUGGCGACUGAGAAAGUUCCAGUGCCCUUCAUCGGGUCUACGGAAGUUCUUAUCAAGCUCAAUGUAACCGGACUGUGUCUGACCGAUGUACACUUCAUGAUGAAUGAUUGGGCCUUCCCGAAGAUGUCGGACAUGGGUGUUUCUUGUGCAGGCCAUGAAGGUGCCGGAGUUAUCGUGAAGAUUGGUGAAAGUGUGAAGAGUUGCAAAGUCGGCGAACGAGCGGCAUAUGGUCCGAUCCACAGCACAUGCAGCUUAUGCGACUCCUGCAAGUCUGGAAGAGAGACAUACUGCCCGCAAGCAGUCUAUACAGGCGGGACGGUGGACGGGACUUACAAGCAGUAUUGUGCUGUACCUGAACAGUUUGUCCAUCUGAUUCCUGAGGGAGUUUCUGACUACGUUGCAGGGCCUGCCAUGUGCUCUGCAGGUACCAUGUACGCUUCGCUGAGAGAAUCCGGACUCAGAGCCGGUGACUGGGCCGUCUUUCCGGGUGGAGGUGGUGGGACCGGCAUUCAAGGUGUACAGCUGGCUUGCGCCAUGGGUAUACGACCCGUUGUGGUUGACACGGGCAAAAGUCGCCAGUCUCUCUCUCUCAGCCAUGGUGCCGAGUGUUUUGUUGAUUUUGUGACCGAGCCAGACCCGGUCAAAAAGGUCUUGGAAGUCACUAAUGGAGGUGCUCACGGCGUGUUUGUCUGUGCUGUACAGGCUUAUCCCGUCUCGCUUAACUACCUUGGUUCACGUAUCGGUGGAAUAGUGAUGUGUGUCGGACUCCCGCCCAAGGGUAGAUAUCACAUUGAUGCCGAUCCUACCCAGCUUUGCUUGAACAACCAAUCCAUCAAGGGUACGCUGUCGAGCAGUCGGAAGGAUAUAGCUGCGACAAUGGACUUUGCGAAACGAGGAAAGAUCAACCUUGAGCCUGUCGUGGUUGGAGUGAGCAAGUUCAAUGAAGCCGUCCAAAGGUUGAAAAAUGGACAAGUUGCAGGGCGCAUAGUGGUAGACUUCAACCUUCCAUAA